UAUUGUUUUAUUUUUUAGAAAGCAAACGUGUUUAUUCUGUUUUAACUCCCAUUUAUAAUGCUGCCCAAAACCCCCAAGCCAGCCAUUUGGAAGUUCAUUAAGGGCAGUGCCAAGACCUUGUUUGUACUGGAGGCAGUCUGUUUUGCGGCCAGCUACGGUGUCUAUUAUCGCAUGAACACAAAUCGCGAGUUCCGCCAGCACAUACACGAAAACUAUCCCUUCGUUUUGGAUUACUACUAUAAAAUCGGUGAAAUCGUGGGUGACAGCACGGUGCGACAGGCGGACGCGAGCUACUGGAGCGCCCUGAAGAAAAGCGAUUAGCGGAGGAACCAUUC